GGUUUAAUAGAUGCUGAAAACAGAAAAGAUGGGAGUGAGAGAGCAAUGUGCAGCUGUGUGCCAUUUGGGCUGAUGAUUCAGGACUUUUUUCUCUAUAGCCUGGAUCAGAAUCUUGGCAGCAUCUCAAAAGUGGCAAAUCCAGUGCAACAACAAAACUGUUGACUCUACAAGCACAUGGCGGUGGUUUAUAAAACGGGCAAGACCGACUUUGCAUCGGUUAUCACCUGAGAAAGACUGCACCCUACAAUCAGGAUGAGUAAGAUCAUAUUUUACGAGGAUAAGAACUUUCAGGGCCGCUCAUAUGAGUGUGAGGCUGAUUGCCCAGACAUGCAGCCCCACUUCGCCCGCUGCAACUCCAUCCGAGUGGACAGCGGAUGCUGGGUUCUGUACGAGAAACCCAAUUAUAAAGGAUACCAGUACGUACUGACUCAUGGGGAAUAUCCUGAAUACCAACGCUGGAUGGGCUACAACGACUCAAUUCGUUCUUGCAGGACCUUCUCUUAUAACCGUGGAGGGGAGUACCGUAUGCGCAUCUACGAGCGUCCUGAUUUCCAGGGCCAGAUGAUGGAGUUCAGUGACGACUGCGAGUCCGUGCAAGAGCGCUUCCAUCACAGGGACAUCUACUCCUGCAAAGUGAUGGACGGUUACUGGACCCUGUAUGAGCAUCCCAGUUACAAGGGACGCCAAUACUUCAUGUGUCCUGGCGAGUACCGGAAGUUCAGCGACUGGGGUGCAGCGUGCGCCACCACCGGCUCCUUCCGCAGGAUAACUGAGUUCUAAAUGAACAGCGGCCUUUCUGUCCAUGUAAUAAAACUUCACUAUUAAAUAAAAAGAGUACAAAUAAAAA